GCAAAUGAAAACAUUCACACAUGUAGCUGGGCUUCUCAUUAAUGAAUUAUUUGUAUUUAUUUAUUUUUGGCCUAUCUGUUAUUUUAAGUAUAUCUGUCUCCUGAAGAAGAGUUUUAAAGCCCUGCGUUCAGGACAGAAGGAGCAGUCACAGCUUAUCGGUCUUGCUACCGAUCUUAGCAUGCUCCGCAUGUUUGAGACGUUCCUGGAGAGCAUUCCUCAACUCAUUCUGCAGGCUUAUAUCAUACUGGAGCACAACCAUCGCUCUAAUCUGCAAUACAUCAGCAUGGCCAUGUCUUUUCUCACCAUAGCCUGGGCCACGGUAGACUAUCGUCGCAGUUUACGGCAAUCUCUGCCUCACCUUAACAACAUGCCUUCUGGAAUCCCAACAGUCAUAUAUCUGUCCUACAAAAUCUUCACCAUAACCCCUCGAAUCCUCAGCCUCACACUCUUCAUCAUGCUCUCCAUCUUCAGUACUGUAGCAAUGGCCUGCAUCUGGCUGUUGGGAACCAUCUGGGCAUUCUUGGAGGAGACCAGCUUCUGCACUUCACGAGCCCUUGAACAUCUUUAUCGAGCCGUUGUUGGAGUUAUUCUCAUUUUCACUUUCUUUAACAUUAAAGGAGAGAACACCAGAGUUCACAUGACACUGUAUUACAUUUUCACUUUGUGUCACAACCUUGCUGCACCUAUUUUGUUGUUUCUGCUCAAACCAGAAUCUGAACGGACUGACUACUUCCUGCCAAUUCUAUUUUUUAUAUUAGUGUCAAAUUUAAUGGGACUGGGUUUUCUGGGACUCUAUUACAGCCUCCUGCACCCUCGUGGACCUGGCAGAAAGGGAAUAAAAGAAGAUGGAAUGGAAGAAAUGGAUGGAAUGAAACAUGAGCCAAAAACAACCCGUUUACAGCAUUUUUUGAAAAUAUAGUCUUGCUCAUUAACUAAAGAACUUGAUUAACAAAAAAAGGUACAUGUUUAUAGAUAUUUAUGUUGGAAUUGAUAAAGUGUGAAGGAUCUAUGAUGUUUAAACGUUAUAACAUGUCUGAAAGCUGCUAAGGAAGGUAUGAUAUCUGAUUUUACAUGUAUGAAAUGUUGAAGCUUAAAUGUUUCAUUGAACCUGUAAAAAUGACGAAUAAGCUUUUCUACUGGCAAUUUUUGCCUUUAUUUCACCCUCUCCCAUAGAGCUGUCCAGUUUACAGUCCUAAAGUGAUGAAUAAUGACAGAACUUGGGAUUUUAGUCAAAAGGGCUUGAAUGGAGUAUGUUGGGUAGCUCCUCAAAUCAAUGCAACUGUUCACAAUUGUUUAACUUGAAGUUAUAAUAUGCGUUCCUACUUGAAGUUUGUGGUUACUGAAAGGGUUUUUUUUUUUUUUUUUUUUUUUUUUUUUUUAAUGUGUAACUGAACAUGAAUUGUUUGGGGUCAUAAGAUUUUAAAUAUUUUUAAAUGAAGUUCAAAAAUUAAUAUAUGCUGCUCACCAAGACAUCAUGUAUCUGAUCAAAAAUAUCAAAUACAGUAAAAACAGUAAUUUGUGAAAUAUUAAUACAAUUUAAUUGACAAAAUGGCAAUUAAAUUUAAUUGGCAAAAAUCGUACCUUGCUUCUGGUCAGUUUUCUGUUAGUAGUUCAAUCACUACUACAAAAAUAACACAAGAUGUCACUGUUGUUCUACAAAAGUCUUCUGAAUUAAGUAAAUACUGCCUUAUCCAACAGGAGAUUUGAAAACAUGAGCUGAGAUGUAAAACUUUUUGUAUUAAAGCAAUUACUUUUUUAUUUGGCUGCUGUCUAUAAUACCAGGUAAAAACAAAACAGCAGGCUACAAAAACAUUUAACUCUGCAUAAAUUUUACAAAUUCUCAUUCAAAAAUAGGCUGGGGUUGUAAUUAACACUGGCAAUUUAUUGCAACAUUAGUUUAAAACUGUCCUUCACAUGAAUAUGUAUGUCUGACUAAAGCAGAAAGAUAUGUGAACUUUGACACUCAUAAUCUCUACAGAGACCGAGAAAGGCUGAGAGAUCAUGCAGAUUGCCUGCUUCAGAGCUAAUUGAAAGAUAAUACACCAAUCCAAUUGUGUUUUGACUACCAGCAAAAUAUUGUGCAAGCCAGUGGAGUGAUGCAAAAUUGAAAGAAGAAGAAAAAAGAGCUAAGAUAAAGAGAGAGAGGAUUAAAAUAAAAAAGUGGUCACAGCAUUUCCUCAGUGUGCCGUUCAGUGAACAUCUGUGCUGAGGCGGUGAGCUCACCAUGCAGACAGACUGCAGAUUUAUUCAACGGUAGUAGCCUUUCAAAUAAACAUGAGUACUGCUCUGCAGGCUACAGGCCUUCUUUGAUUUUCUCAUGUAUACAUACUCACAUACAGUGGCCCUGAAAGGUAUUUGGACAUUUUUUGGACAAUUCAUUUAUGCACAACCAAAAAAAAAAAACAACAACAACAACAACAACAACAACAACAACAACAACAACAACAACAACAACAAAAACACCUGGCAUCUGCAAACAAAUGAUUUCUCUUCACCAUUAAUUCUUAUAUUUCUUCUAGUUUUAACCAAUUUAAUUCAUACAUAUAAUAAUUAGGGGUUCAAGACUAUUUAUGUAUUGUAUUUGUACUGUUUUGCCUGUUACAGGAUUUGUAAUGUUUUGCUCUAAAAGUGUCUAAAAAUUAAUUUAAAAGUUGAGAUCUCAAAACUGGUGUGAUGGUUCCCCAAACCCCCACUACUUAGGCAUCCCCACAUGCACCAGACACUGGGUGGUGCUAUAGGCCUAAUACAAAACAAGAACAUUAUGUUCUCUAGCAUACAUUAUUGCCACUGUAUAAUUAAACUGAUUUAAUUCAUAAAAUCUAUCGCAAAUAAAAUGAAAAUGAACUGAAAAGUGUCUAUCAGGAAUUUAUUAAAUGCGACAUAUUUCUUUUCACAUGUUUGUACAGCGUUGCACAUCAUAGCCAAUCACACACGAUUCUGUUGAGCUUGGAACAGGAACGUUGUGGAAACUCCAUCCUUCCCGAAGGAGGUUUCGGAAGGACUUACACAUAUGGACAACCGUUUAGGUGCAUAUAUGAAGAUUAGAGGUAAUUGUAACCCUCUUUGAAAAUAGCAGAAAGUCUACCAUGGAAACACGGGCUCUGAGGCUAUACCGUGGAUUUUACACAUUAUACACUUGGGUCUCUACAAAUGGAACCCAGCCCUCUACCGGUUCUCAUGGAUUCAUUGAGUGAGGGCCUGGCACCAGACGAACUCGACAAUGUCUCAAUAUGGACUCUCUGGAGCGGUUUUAGCAAACCGGCCUGAAGCCGAGGCCUCUCAGUGCUUUUACCCAUUUGAGGUAAGAACACAGGAGGAUACCAGCUCCGCAUGAAGGCUAUAGAAAUAUCUGCCA